AAUAAAAAUAAUAAAUUAAAAAAAUUUUUAUUUUUUGUAUUUAUAAUUAAAUUUUGUGCAUUCUACACAUUUAUCAAUAUUUACAAUAUAUUUACAAGGUAUCUGAGACGUUAUUAUUAUCCAAUUGUCAUGGAAGCGAUUAAGAAAUUCAUCGUAGCGGAAUUUGCUGAUGGUCUUCAAAUCAUACCUGCAAAAUGGCUAAAUACCUCGAGAAACAAAUGUAUCUGGCCCAGUCAUUACAAAACAAUGCGCCGUUUACAUUCAGCGAUAAUUACAGAAGAGCUGCCUAAAGAUGAAACUGACUGGGAUGAAUUACUCAUAAAAAGAAUCUUUGGAAGCGCAGACACUUAUGAAAAAGCCAUGGAGAAAUUAACACUAGCGCAAGAUACAUCAAAUGUAGAUACUGGGUUGUCAUCUGACGAAUUAAAACAGCGCAACAAAAAAAGAAGGCGUGAGAAGGCUAAACGAAGAUUGUCUUCAUCGGAAGAUGAUUUACUUUGUUUUACUGAGAAUAAAGAAAAUUAUCCACACGGGAAUAAACAGCUACCACCAUUUCCUGAAUUGGACAAGUUUACACAGAAAAAACAAAAAUCUUGGCCACAGCAAAAUCUUGUUCAUUAUGAGGCCAACGCAAGCACAAGUGCACUAACUGAAGCAGAAAAGUGUACAAGUACUAAACAAAUUAGUAACAACCAAGAGGAACGAACAAAUGAAAAUGCUGUGAUUAAUGUUCUUUUAGAGUUUCAGAAACAAGUUGUGUCAAAAUUAAAUAAAUUGAUGUACAAGUUAGGUACAAUAGAAAAUCGCCUAGAUGAAUUAAAAGAACACAAAUUGUCUGAAACUUAUCAAACUGAUUGUACUGAAUUGGAAUCUUGGCUCUCUAUAAAAACUCUAGAAGAACUUACAGAAUUCGAAGAAAAAUUAAAAGAAACACAUUUUAAAAAUCAAUUGUUGAGACUAGUUGAUAACUUAGUGUGGUUAUAUAAUGACUUAUACUCAACUAUAUAUAGAUAGUUGAAUACCUAGUUGAAUACCUUAAAACUCCUUGGAGGAACAUCAACUCAUGUAAUGAUAGGCAAUAUAAUGAAAAAAAUACUAACCAAUGAAUUGUCGGUUAAAUUUAGUUGGGCCGGGAUGAAGGGAAAACAAGCAUUUAAGGACCAGAGUUUGAUGAAAAUUAUUAUGCGUACGUUUUCUAUUUUUUAUUAGAUAUUUUUAUAUAAAAAACGUUACCAUUUUGUCUCUUUUCUCAAUUUUGAAAUAUUUAUUUACGUCGACAAAUUAUUUUUCAGAAUCAGUUCGACUAGUACCGCAAUACAGUCAAAUAUUGGACUCGGAAUUAACAGAAAUAAUGGCAAAAUGGCUGGCGCAAGCGGUUGCAAAGAGAAAGGUAAAUAUUAUUUAAAUAAUUUUUAUAAAAACUGCUUCAUUCGAGACUGUAUUAAUUUAUUUGAUUGUUUUUUUUCCAGAAAACGUACUUCAAUGGAUCAUUGAAACUGAAAAAGAAAUAUGCAGUUAGAAUCCUGAUUUUGUUUAAAACAUUUACGUUUUUUCCUAUAAAUUUUAUAUACAUGUAAUAUUUUAUAUCAAAUUUUGGACAUAAUAAAUUUAAAAAGAAAAAAAAAUUUUAAUAUAAUAGAAAUAUUAUUUUUACUGUUUAUUGCAAAUACAUUCCCCUGCAACAUAAAUGCAAUAUUGCAAAGCAAUAUUACCAAAAGCGGACAUUUUUUCUUUGCCUCAAUAUUGCUGCAACGUUGCAGCUACAUUGUGCAAUCACUCUGCAAUAUUACAAUAUUGCGGUGCAAUAUUUCUGCAAUCUUUCUGCGCUAUAUGGGAAUGAGAUCUUUACGAGUAAAGUCUUGGUAUGAUUUGAAAGUCAGAUCUAAUCUUUUUGAAGUUGGCUAGAAAGUUUUUUAACCCUCAAAGGAAGCUAGGGAGGUCUCCUAAAUUGCAGAGUAAUUGGGAGGGACCAUAUUCAGUUGUAAGGAAAUUAAGUGAAGUAGUCUUUUGCAUUCAGAAAUCGCCUAGACAUAGAAGAAAAGUUGUGCAUGCGGAUAGGUUAGCUCGUUACUUACAAGGGAACCUUGGGAACUUGAAAAUUCAGAUUUUAAUGAAAUUUGGCAUAAAUGUAGAGGGGGUAAAUACACGAAUUUAUAAAUUUUUAGUAGCUGCCC